AUGUCAGGAGAAGACUAUCCUUCAGACGACGACAAGAGCUUUGUCUCGGCCAAGUCAUCGCACAAUGUAAAGACCGAAACCCGCUUCGAACCAGAGGAGGAAGCCGUAUGUCGCAAACACUGCCUCCUGCUAAAUCAUGUGCUGACCAUCAAAGNNUCACUACUAGCAGAGUCGAACAAGCUCAAGGCAGACGCCAACUCGCUAUUCGCUCACGGGUCUUUCGAAGAGGCUGUGCAGACCUACGACCGUGCUCUCUCAUCCUGUCCCAACUACCUUGAGUAUGAGAUCGCCGUCUUACACUCCAACAUCGCCGCAUGCCACAUCAAGUCGGAACAGUGGAAAGAAGCAAUAGACAGCGCCAGCAAGAGCAUAGAAUCGCUGGAACGGAUUGACCCUCUCCCAAAACCCAAGGACUCUCAGGAUGCCGCCAAAGUCAAAUCCCAACCCCAGUCUGCCGUCGAGGAAGUCGACGAUGAGACGGCAGAAAAGAUUGAGGCCCUGGAAAAGAGUGGAAGAACACGGGAUGAUGUGCAAAAGAUCCGUGUCAAGGCUUUCUUGAGACGGGCGAAAGCAAAGUCAGAAACGGGAGGCUGGGCUGCUCUGCAAGGCGCCUAUGAAGGUAAGAAUGUCUCUGUGACUUCGUUCUGUGGGCCUAUAUCUAACGCUGCUANNGAUUAUACCUUCCUUGCAACCGUAACGAACCUAUCGCCAUUAGACAAGAAGACUGUGCAGAAGUCGAUGGCCGACAUUGGCCCAAAAUUAGAGGACGCCAAAUCCAAGGAAAUGGCAGAGAUGAUGGGCAAGUUGAAGGGUCUAGGCAACAGCAUCUUGAAGCCUUUUGGCCUCAGUACAAACAACUUUCAGUUUGUCAAGGACGAGAACAGUGGAGGAUAUAGCAUGAAUUUCAAUCAGAACACUUGA